AUGUUAUUGUUACGCGUAGCGACUGUUGUAUUGCCUCUUUCUCUUAUCGUAUUUCUGUACGAACGCGCCCUUGUUCCUUUGUAUGGCACCGGGCCUACUACGCUUCUACUCAACAAGGUCAUCCUCUGCGCCAUCCUAGUCUCGGCUCUACAACCAUGUAGAAUUUCUACGUCGAACACUUGGCUUUUCACUGCUGUCGCACUCACCCUUGCGCCCAAUGCCACCUAUUGGACUGCAGUUUGGACCUCAAGAUUCUUGAAGGAUCCCGUCCUCGGUCCAGCUAUGACGCAUGCUUUAGUCUUGGGCCCACUGGUGUUUGUGCUGGCCACUUUCAGCAUACACAAUGACAGGAUACCGCCGGCUCCCAUCACACUGCGUCUUAUAAAAUGCGCGAGUAUCUAUGUGUCUGUCAUUGGGCUUGCUCAGCGUUUAUGGCCACGACUAUCAGCCCUAAACAUUAUUUCCGAGAGCCAGAUAUUUUUGGCUUUCGCAGGCACAUCGUAUGCCGUGUGGAUUAUGAAGUUGCCACUAGCACUGAACAAAGACACCGUCAAAUCGAGGAGACACAUUCCCCGGCACAAGGCUUCAUCCGCGUUGCAAGUAAAAUAUAUUCUAUUGAUUGUCUUUGGCGCUGUAUGGUGGUCCAUAUCGCCUCUUCUUGCUAACCCUGUCUUGCCUCACCCUCUACCCCAACCAUUUACACACCCGACCUACCCUCUCCAGAUCCUCUCUGCAGUGCAAUCUGUGACUGGCCUAAUUACAGUAGCAGAAUGGCUACCACUUCCGUCUCAGAUUGGAAACGAUCAAGAAAUGCAUUCAGUACGCUAUCUUCGCGCAUCCCAUUCGCUUUUAGGCGGUGUUUGGACGCGAAGCAAAGUUCAGACAUUGGAUGGCGUCCUUCCAGUCAGCGAUUCAUCUGGGACUCCGCUGGGUGAUUCUAUCUACAGCACUUUUGUGCUACAAGAAGCUGUACGCCUUGUAAAUAGCACGGAGGUGGGAAAAUCGGGAAAAUGGUCAAAUGUUCUUAUAAUUGGCCUCGGCGCAGGUAUCUCGGCGACAUCUUUCAUUCGGCAUGAUAUCUCAGCGACUAUUGUUGAAAUCGAUCCAGCUGUCUAUGUGGCUGCACGAACAUACUUCAGCCUGCCAGAUCCCGGACCUGGAAAUGUUUUUCUAGAAGAUGCCCGAUCAUGGGUGAAUCGGAGACGAGCUGACAUUAGUACUGGCGUCGAUGUCCCCCUUUUCGACAUCGUUGUACACGAUUGCUUCUCUGGGGGAGGUGUGCCUGAACACCUUUUUACUACAGUGUUCUGGGAAGACCUGAAGGCAACCAUGCAGACGGAGGGUAUUGUUGUUGUGAACUUUGCGGGCAUCAUUCAUUCCAAGUCCUCCAAAUUGAUCACAAAUACGCUUGAAAGAAGCUUCCCUCAAUGUCGAGCAUUCCAUGAUAUGUCCGAAGAUUUGCCAGAGGAGAAAUAUGACACAGAAUUUGUUAACUUGGUUUUAUUCUGCACGCUGUCGUCUUCACCUUUGACCUUCCGCCAACCGAAAAGUUCCGAUUAUCUCGGGUCGUACUUGCGGAAGUAUGUUUUCGAAAGUCUUGUUGAGCGCGAAGUCAAUCUGGCUUCGAUACGAGAGCCCAAUGAAAAAUAUAUCUUAACGGACAAAAACAAUUCCUUGGGAAAGCUACAAGAACAGCAAGGAGCACACCACUGGGAAGUUAUGCGCCAAGUUCUCCCCGACGUCCAUUGGGAAACUUACUAG